AUGAAAUAUGCCGGCCGUUGGCAUACCGAAGGUCAAACCGAACAUAUCGUAGCUGUUGGGGUUUAUUAUGUUGACGUGGAUGAACAACUUGAAGGUGGCUUUCUCAAAUUUCGUCCGCCUACUGCCCCUCAGCCACAUUAUGAUUUUGAAAUGGAUUAUGAAGUUGACAGCAUUUACUCGGGGGCUGCUGUUGUCUUUCACAAUUCAAUGCCACAUCGUUUUCGACAAAUUCGUAAUUUGACAAAUGAAAAUCGUCGUCGAACAUUUUUAAAUUUUUUCAUCGUUGACCCGUUAAAACCAAUUCCGAUGAGCUUACGGAGAGUAGGAAUGGCACCGGUCGAUUUAAUUUUACAAAUACUAUUAGAAUGUAGCCGACGUUUGCUUGGCAACAGUAGACAGUUGGAUGAUUUAGCUGUAAAAAAGAUUAUCUCAUUUCUUCCCGAAAUAUGGGAGACAAUAGAAGAAGCCAAAGAAUUUCGAGAACGUGUUCGGAAAUCGAUGAUCGAAGAUAAACAAGGCUGGGGACAUAUUUGUUGGGGUAAUUGUGGAACUGUAGAGUUUGUGAAAUCAAUAACAACGCUGGAACCACGAAAACGAAGUGAACUCUACGAUAUACUACAACAUACCGAAUCAGAAUAG